CAUAGUUCGUGGUAUUUUUAAAUUAUAAAUUAUAAUCAAUGGUAAAACCUAAUUUACGAUAUGAUAACUAUCGAAGUCGGCAAUUCUCGGUAUUCCUCAUCGGCACGACAAUAUUAUUAUUAGUAGUCUUUUAGAAUAGUAUUUAUAAACUUAUGAUACGAUAUUACGAAUUAUACAAUAUAUAUUUAAUGUUACAACACAAUCAGUAAAUUUAGUAUUUAGUUUCCCGUUGGCGUCAGUGCAUCACAGUGUAGUAUGUACGUAUUUCGAUCGGGUUUGUGUGUUUAUUUUGUAUCCAUUUUUAUUUGUUAAAAUGAGUGACAGUGAUUCUAAUAAUUACGAUAAACCAACCACCCCAUUAAAAAAGAGACGUUUACGAAAUUGUAUAUUCAAUGACAAUUGGAUGAAAGACUCUAGAUUUUCUAAUUGGCUUGCUAAACAUGACGAUAUAAAUAAGGCUCGUUGUAUUUAUUGUAUGAAUGUAUUUAGUGUAAAAUAUGACGGCGUUAACGCAGUUCAGUCCCAUUCAAAUUCGAAAAAACAUAUUUCAACUGUCCAAAGUAGACAAAAAUCAGCGGUAAUAAAAAAUUAUUUUGUUACUCAAGACAUAAAAGAGAAUGACGCAGUUGCCGCGAUAGAACUUAGUAAGUGUUUUCACUGUGUUAAGCAUCAUCAUAGCUAUUUAUCAACUGAUUGUGGCGUAAAAUUGGAAUUAAAACAUUUUAGUGAUGCUACUUUGGCCAAAAAAAUUAGACUUGGUAGAACAAAGAUGGAAGCUCUUGUACAAAAUGUGCUUUGUCCUUUUGCAAUCGAAGUUCCCCUUAAAAAACUUAAAUAUCCAAUAAAUUUACCGUUUUCUUUAUCAACUGAUGCAUCAAAUAAAGGCAAUCGCAAAUUUUUUCCUUUGGCAGUGAGAUUUUUUGACUUAGAAAAAGGGGCUAAAGAUUAUCUUUUGGAUUUUUAUGAAGAACCCGAUGAAACUUCUGAAUCAAUUUUUAACACUAUUUUACGUGCUAUUGAAAAUUUUGGCUUAGAUAUUCAAAAUAUCACGGCUUUUGGAGCAGAUAACGCUUCAGUGAAUUAUGGCAAAAAUUGUUCUGUUUACGAAAAAUUGUUAAAAAAAAAACCAUCCAUAAUAAAAGCUAAUUGUAAUUGUCAUGUACUGCAUAAUACAGCUAAGCAUAGUCUAAAAUUGUUAAAAUAUGACGUUGAAACAUUAGUAAUAAAAGUUUUUAAUGAGUUUUCUAUUAGUGCUAAAAGAAUAACGGAACUUAAGGACUGUUUUGAAUUUGUUCAACAAGAUUUUCAUAACGUAUUACGUCAUAUUUCCGUCAGGUGGCUCAGUUUAUAUACGGCUGUCGAUCGUUUAAUUCUAAAUUGGAGUGCGAUUAAAAUAUAUUUUUUAAAAAAAGGUAAAAAUAAUUGUGAUAGAAUAAUUUGGAAAUUUAUUAAAGACCAAGUUGAUGGACUUUCAAAGCAGCUAACCCUCAGUGAAUGCUAUAUCUGGUUUGUUCACCACAUUUUAUCAGUAUUUCAAAAGUCUAUAUUGAUGUUAGAGAAAAAAAAUUUAAAUGCAACUGAUGUAUUUGAUAUAAUGAAUGACUUGAGAAAUCAAAUCUCAAAUCGUAAAAAUGACGAGUUUUUUGGAAUAACUGUUACAACUACAUUAAAUGGUCUAACAUUAACUGAGAAAAAUGAAUUUAAGACGAGUGCACUUCUUACUUAUCAACGGGCUAUUGAUUAUCUUGAAAAGUGGUUUAAUUUUGAAAGUUCUCCGUUCAAAUUAUUUACGUGUUUAAAAUUACAUAAUAAAAUACCAAGUAUAAUGGAGUUAUCAAUUCUAGCAAAAUGUAUUGGAAUUCAAGUGAAUGAAAAUGAACUUUACGAUGAAAUUAAUUUAUUAAAAUUAAUGCCAGAUAACGUGCUUAAUAAUUGUGAGUUAACUAGCUCUGAAAAAUGGAUAAAAUUUUUCCAAAUGUCAUCUGUGGAAGUUCCAAAUUUAAAAAGCAUUGUGAGAUAUGUAUAUUCAGUACCAUGUAGUAAUGCUUUUGUCGAACGAAUAUUCAGUCAUAUGAAUGGUUUAUGGACAGAAGAAAGAAACAGGCUUGGUGUUGAUACGGUAAAAGCAGAACUCGUUAUCCAAAAUAAUCUUCUGUUCUCGUGUUCUGAAUUUUUUGACUUUGUUAAGGACCAAACAGAUUUGCUAGCUGCAGCGAGACUGUGUACGAAGUACAAGUUUAAGAAAUAAUUUCUACAAUAUUUAAUAUAAUACUAUUUUCCAAGCUAUUUUCAUUUUUAUAUUAUUUAAAAUAACAAAAGCAAUGUUAUUAUAUUAGUUUAACUUAUUACAAAACAUUACCAACUGUAUUCAAUUUACUUAUUAUUUUUAAUUUUUUAUCAACAAAAGCAUUGUUAUUUUGUUAAUAUUUAUUAUCUACAAAUAAAAGAAUGGAUUUAAUUUAAACAAUUUUUUUGAUGACACGUGAAUAAUUAUAAUAAUAGUUAGUGGACAAACGAACGUAAUUGUUAAGGGGUGGAUACGGUUAAAGCCGAAUUAGUAAUAAGAAAAUUAUGACCUUUUUUUUGUACCUUGGGCUUUGGGCCGGUAUUUUCCUAAUUUGAAGUUGGC